UACUAAUAAGAAUUCAAGAAUGGAGGUUUCGGAAUCUGCCCAGCCACUCAAUAAUGCUGAUAAACUAAUCGAUUGCGUUGAGACCUUCAUAUUUGACUGUGAUGGAGUUCUAUGGAAGGGAGAAAAAUUAAUAGAUGGAGUUCCCGAAACUCUUGAUAUGCUCAGGGCAAAGGGAAAGAGGUUAGUUUUUGUUACCAACAAUUCAACAAAAUCUAGGAAACAAUAUGAAGAAAAGUUCGAGGCACUUGGCCUUCAUGUCACCGAGGAAGAGAUAUUUGCAUCAUCAUUUUCUGCUGCUGCUUACUUAAAGUCUAUUUAUUUCCCCAAAGAUAAGAAGGUUUACGUAAUUGGUGAGGAAGGAAUACUGAAAGAGAUCGAGUUAGCUGGGUUCCAGUGUCUUGGCGGGCCGGCUGAUGGUGGGAAAAAGAUAGAACUAAAGCCUGGAUUUGUAAUGGAGCAUGAUGAGAAUGUAUGGUUUUUUUCACUAGGUGUAAUUGUGCAUCAUUUUGAAAUAUUCCAUGACUGGGCAUGUAAUAAAAAGUCCACCCUAUCAAUGUUAUGUAGUAGUACCUCUGUCCCUUAAUUAAGUUUCACGCUUUGACUUGCAUGGUUUCGAACAUAUCAAAUAUGUCACCAUUUGGCUUCCAAGUUUGCCCUUGUGGUAUGUAGUUGGGAGUCAUUAAUGGGUUGCAGGUUGGGGAUUUUAAAGGAGGGUGUGAGGUAAUGUGUUUUUAGCAAAUAUGAAAAGAAAGGGAUUAACGAAAUAAGAAAGGAUGAACGUUAUUUAGGGACAGGGGCCAUUAGUAAGGUGCACUAAAAGUUCUGUCAAUGUCCAUUCAGGUUGGGGCCGUUGUUGUUGGAUUUGAUCGUAAUUUCAAUUACUACAAAGUCCAGUAAGUUUCCAUGUAUUUAAUCC